AUGGCCGCAUUUGCUCGUGCCUACGCCACGGAUCCCGUCGACGUCAUCAUCUCAGAUUACAUGUCCGAGGUGAACAUGACGAUCGGGGCGGCUAGGAAAAUAGACUCGGCCCAGUCGACUGGGGACGACACGAGCAAUCUCUUGUCCAGCGCUGGUCCCGCAUUCGAAGCCUCGUUCCUUGAGGCCCUGGAGCCCGCGCUGGAAGACCUUGGGAGGUACGGGAUCAAAGUAGCCGCCAACGCUGGAAAUGCGGACGUCCAAGGUCUUUAUAGGAUUGUGGUCGAGAUGAUACGGAAGAAGGGAUUGGAAAAUAAGAUCAAGGUCGCGUGGAUCUCGGGGGAUGAGGUCUUGCCGGCCAUCAAUGACGGAUUGAAGAACGGGACCUCCAGGUUCAAGAAUAUUUAUACCGGCCAGGUGCUGGAGAGCUGGGAGUUUGAGCCCAUCUACGCGCACGCGUAUCUGGGCGGCAUGGGCAUUGCCGAGGCGUUUCGCCAGGGCGCUCAGAUCGUGAUUUGUGGCCGCGUCGCUGAUGCGUCGCCCGUCAUUGGCGCGGCGGUGUGGUUUCACCACUGGCAAAGGGAGAAUCUGGAUCAGUUGGCCAACGCCUUCGUCGCGGGCCAUCUCAUCGAGUGCUCGACCUAUGUCACGGGCGGCAAUUUCACGGGGUUCAAGAGCCUCGAGGCUGGUGGCCGGUGGGUCGACAUUGGGUUCCCCAUUGCCGAGAUUUCUCAAGAUGGGAAAGUCGUUAUCACGAAGCAGAAGAACUCGGGCGGGACGGUGACGGUGCACACUUGCUCCUCGCAGUUACUGUACGAGAUCCAGGGACCCUGGUACUUCAACAGCGACGUCACCGCCGUGCUGGACCAACUCUGGUUCGAACAGCUGGGACCCGACCGCGUCGCAUUGCACGGCGUCAAAGCCCUCCCGCCACCGCCGACGACAAAAGUCGGCAUUACCGCCCGCGGCGGAUUCCAGGCUGAGGUGUCGUACUACAUGACCGGGCUGGGCGUCGCCGAAAAGGCCCGUAUGACCGAAGCACAACUGCGGCACAGUCUCAAGAAGCACUCGGACAAGUUUACGACGCUGUCAUUUAGCGUCCUGGGAACGCCUGGCGUGGACGCGGACAACCAAAAUGCCGCGACUUGCAUAUUUCGAAUCUUCGUGCAGGGGAAGGAAGCGAGCGACAUUUCCACCGGGAAAUUCCUCAGACCGAUAAUCGACAAUAUCAUGCAAGGAUAUCCUGGUUCCACGUUCCAUCUGGAUUUCCGUCUGGGCGUCCCGAAACCAUACUUUGAAUAUUAUGUCACCCUAUUGGAUCAGGCCAAGGUGUCGCAUAAGGUGCAUUUCAACGGUCGAGAAACCCUCGUCCCGCCACCGACGGUCACAAAGGUCUUUGCGGAGAGGCAACCCAGUCAGCCGGUAACGCAACUCCAGGUCGACCUGUCCAAAUUCGGGCCGACAGAACGCGCUCCUCUGGGAUCUAUCGUGAAUGCCCGCUCCGGCGACAAAGGCUCCGACUGCAACUGCGGCUUCUGGGUCGCGCGCGAGGACGAAUACGUGUGGCUGAAGAACCUGUUGUCCGUCUCGACCAUCAAACUCCUCUUGGGCAAAGAAUGGGAUGAGACGAGAGUCCCCAAGCUUGAGAUCGACCGGUUCGAACUGCCGAACCUGAGAGGCGUGCAUUUCUUGUUCCGCAACCUCCUGGAUCGAGGCGCCACCAGUACGAGCACCGUGGACUUUUUGGGCAAGAAUUGCGCCGAGUUCUUGAGGGCGCGGUACGUCGAUGUGCCCACGAGGUUUUUGGCCAGAGGAAGGUUGUGA